CUCAAAAUGGCGGACGAAACUCGUGUUUAGUUGUUCUCUAACUUGAGAAAGUGCAUGAAAUGAGUAUGGUGUCGGUUCAUGAAAAUAUUGUGGUGAUACCUGGGGAAAGAUUAGGAAGUAUUGAACAAUAUUCACCAGGAAAUGGAACUUAUAUUCGCCAUGGAUAUGUGUAUGCAAGUCUUGCUGGUUACAAACAGUCGCAAAACCAGGAGGAUGGAGAGAAACCUAUCAUACAUAUCAUCAGAGAGGAGGAAAAGUAUGUAGUGCCAGAAGUUGGUUCAGUUGUUACAUGCAAGGUGAUGAGCACAAACCCAAGGUUUUGCAAAGUAGCAAUUCUUGGUGUAGAAACAACUUCUUUAAAGGAACCUUUCAAAGGAACAAUCAGAAAAGAAGAUGUCCGGGCAACUGAGAAGGACAAAGUUGAAAUGUAUAAGUCUUUCCGCCCUGGUGAUAUAGUACUGGCCAGAGUACUAACUCUUCAUACACAAACGUAUCUCCUUUCAACAGCUGAAAAUGAACUUGGAGUCAUUUUUGCCAAGAGUGAGGGUGGUGCUGCAAUGGUGCCAAUCAGUUGGUGUGAGAUGCAAUGCCCCAAAACAAGAGCAAAGGAACACCGAAAGGUUGCCAAGGUUCAGCAGGCAUCUUGAUAAAUAAUUGAAUAAACAUUCAGUAUCUUCCUCAUCUAUUGGAUGGAUUCUUAGGAACUGAUUUUUCCAUUUUUGUAGAGGAGAUAACAUGUAAAAUUUGUUUUCAAAAGCAAAAAACUGUUUUGAGGCUAAAAAAAAAAGGUCAGCAGGAAAAAGCAGCCAGGGAAACUUUUGAUAGAUAACAACAGAAAAAAUUGUUUAAUUUUAAAAAAUCCUAAUUCUCCCUCCAAAAAAAAGAUAGCCAGUCCCUUAUGCAACCACCUGGAUUCACAUGGGGUGACUCAUCUGAGAAGAACAGGAAUUAACUCCUUAGUAAUAUAGUUGUGUGCUACAGGCAAGCUAUGCCUACAAGAUAUUAAAAUGCUAUAACAAUGUGA